AAGCCCAGCAUGCUCAGCUGUCACUUUUAUCACAUGAAAACGCCUGGACGUAUUUGUCAGUGCAGAUGAGGAGUUAGAUGUCGUCAUUUGUUCAUAAUAAAAGCAGGUACACACGUUUUAAUAAGUUGUCAAAGCGCAAUGAUCCGUUGCUUGCGGGUGUUUCUACAAUCAUAUUCAGCUGUGUUUGCUAUCUUGAACACACCCCGCUGAGUACCCCGAUAUUGUUCAAGGGGAAUAAUGGCUGCACAGGAGCCGUCUCCACCAUCUUCCCUGGAAGGUAACAAACCGGGCUUCCCAAAGAAAAUUUUGGCCAACAAUCUGGAAGAUAAGCAUUUGUGCAACUCGUGUCAGAAAAUCCUGAGAAGGCCCCUGCAAGCCCAAUGCGGUCACCGCUUUUGUUCGUUCUGUUUCAACAAAAUUGUGAGUUGUGGACCACAGAAAUGCAGUGCAUGCAUCAAAGAAGACCUGUUUGAGGAACCCACCUCCAUCCUUAAGCAAGGUGGUGCUUUCCCUGACAAUGCAGCCCGCAGAGAAGUAGAGGCCUUGGCAGCUGUCUGUCCCAAUGAAGGAUGCACAUGGACCGGAACUGUUAAAGAGUUUGAGGCCAGCCACGAGGGCAACUGUGACUUCAUGAUCAUCCUGUGUCCUUCCUGUAAAGAGCUGAUGAGAGCCAACGAGCAGGAACGCCACAACGAGAGAGAGUGUCCAGAGAGAACGCUCAACUGCAAAUACUGCAAAGAACCCUUCCUGUUAAAGAACAUCAAGGCUCAUGAUGAGAUCUGUCCAAAGUACCCAAUGAUUUGUGAAGGUUGUGCAAAGAAAAAGAUCCCCAGAGAAAAGUAUGUGGACCAUAUUAAGUUCUGCAGUAAAUUUAAAGCUCCAUGCAGAUUUCAUGUUGUUGGCUGCGAUACGUCUGUGGAGAAAGAAAAGAUCCACGACCAUGAGCGCCAGUGUUCGUACGAACACCUCAACCUCCUUCUGCAUUUCAUCAUGGGCAUCAAGGUGAGCCUGGAGAGCCUGCAGCCCCAGAGCCUGGAGGUGGCCAGCCAGAAGCUGCAGGAGCUCCACCAGUCCCUCAGGGAUCUGGAACUCAAGAUGAGCCAGCUGGGUGGGGGUGCCGCAGCUCCUGUGCAGGGAGCUUGCGCCCCAACCCUAGCUACAUCCUUCACCCCACUGCCUAGUGCCAUGGGUGCCGCUUUGGAGCUGCAGCUACAAAGUGAAAAAACCAAGGUGGUUGAGCUGAGCCGACGCUGCCAGGAGCUGGAGCUCAAAGUGAGCACGUUUGAAAACAUCGUCUGCGUCCUCAACCGAGAGAUGGAGCGCUCCUGCACCACCAUGGAGGCUUAUAACCGGCAACAUCGACUAGAUCAGGACAAGAUUGAAAUCCUCAAUAACAAGGUUCGUCAGCUGGAGAGGACGGUGAGCCUGAGGGACCUGUCCAUCGUGGAGAUGGAGGGGAAAAUGAGGGAGAUGUCUGCAGCCACGUAUGAUGGUGUGUUUGUGUGGAAGAUCUCUGAUUUCACCAAGAAGAGGCAGGAUGCUGUGGCUGGCCGGGCCCCUGCUAUGUUCUCUCCUGCCUUUUAUACCAGUAAAUAUGGCUACAAGAUGUGCUUGCGGAUCUACCUGAAUGGGGAUGGGACGGGCCGCGGCACCCACUUGUCUUUGUUCUUUGUGGUGAUGAGAGGACACAGUGAUGCGCUCCUCAAGUGGCCUUUUAAUCAAAAGGUCACCCUCAUGCUGCUCGACCAGAACAACAGGGAGCACAUAAUUGAUGCCUUCAGGCCCGACAUUUCAUCCUCAUCCUUCCAGAGGCCUGUCAGCGAUAUGAACAUCGCCAGUGGUUGCCCACUCUUCUGUCCACUCUCAAAGCUGGACUCUAAAAACUCCUAUAUACGUGAUGACACCAUUUUCAUCAAAGCCAUUGUAGACCUAACUGGGCUUUAGGUAAACAUUGAGGGCAUAAAUCCAACCCUGCCUUUUGUUGCUACUAACCUGUUUCAAUCAGCAGGGGUUUGUAUCACCAGAAAUUGGCAUUUGUCUUAGACAUGUUCUUUGGUUUUGGUAUGCAUUGUUGGUGGCAAUAUGCAAGACCCAGAGCAAGUUGUUUUGGGGCUCUUGCCACUGGCCAAAAACUUGCGUAGCCAUUCUUAUCUUACCAAUUGAACUAAGUUUAUAUUUGACAAAACCGCAAAUACCUACCAAAGUGAAAAUAACAUGCAUACAGGUAUUUGGCUGAUAACGUGUUACUUUCCCCUCCCUCCAUAAGUCCCUCUAACAGCAUUUGAACAGAAAGAAACAUUCCAGGACCUAUGUACAACAUCAUGCUUGUGACUAGAUAACUCUUAACAAUAUUACUGUCAUUGCUAUGGCUUCUUGUACUACACAUGGGGCUCAUCAUCCUCAGUUUAUCACAGAAUUUUGACCUAUUUUUUUUGAAAGAACUGUGUUGUGUGUCCUAAUGACAAAAAUAAUAGGGAAUAGCUAACAUACUAAUUGUAAGACCAUCAAAUUAAAGCUGCAUUAAUACAUUUUUUGCCCCCCCUUAGCAUGAAUGCCAUAAAAAUCUGAUAUUAUGGCAGCCCUGAAAAGUUUGUCUUCAACAAGAGAUUUGGUCAGCUGAUAAUGUUUUUUAUUAAGU